AUGGCCAAUCUGGCAGCCACAUAUUGCUACCAAGGCCGGUGGAAUAAGGCAGAAAAGCCGGAGGUGGAGGCGAUGGAGGCGAGGUUGAGGACGCUGGGCGAGGAGCAUCCGUCCACGCUGACCGCUAUGGCGAACCUGGCAUCGACAUACUGGAAUCAGGGCCGGUGGAAGGAGGCAGAGCAGCUAGAGGUGAAGGCGAUGGUGGCGAGCCCGAGAACGCUCGGGAAAGAGCAUCCGUCCACGCUGACCAUCAUGGCAAAUCUGGCAAUAACCUAUCGGGAACAAGGACGACUAGACGAGGCUCAGGCGCUGAGGGCGAAGGUCGAUGCACUCAAAUCUACAUAG